AUGCUGAGUCGUGAUAGUAGUGGCAAACGCAAAAGGAACAGAGUACCGUUAAGUUGUACUAUUUGCCGUAAAAGAAAGGUAAAAUGCGACAAAACACGCCCGAACUGCAUGCAGUGCUCGAAAACUGGCGUGGCUCACCUUUGCCACUAUAUGGGUCAAUCUUGGGCUGAAGAGCUUGAAAAGGAGAUGUCUCGAGAUUCGGAGUUAAAGCAACUCCGUGAGCGCGUUAAGUAUUUGGAAGAGUGCUUGUCGAAGACAAACUCCAAAAGGGACACCAGGAGUACCCAAAGUCCUUAUGAGACUUAUGCUGCUUUAGGGCAGCAGUCUCCGAAGCUUUCUGAGGAAAAUGGUGAGGGUGUGUACGAUAAUGAUGAGCUAGACUUAACAAGGCAAUUUGACAUGCUACAUUUAAAAAGUAAUGGAACAGUGCAUCUCGGUGCCACUCACUGGCUUGCUAUUAUGAAGGGUGAUCCUUACCUGAGACUACUCUGGGGGCAUGUGUUUACAGUGAGGGAUAGGAUGCUUGAAUGGUAUGCUCAGAAGAGAAAGAAGGCCCAGAAUAAGGGCAUGUCAAAUUCAUCAGGCAGAUGUCCUGUAGCUCAUGGAAAUACAUAUACGACUUCUUUGCCAAAGAUGGGUUGCCCCGCUGGAGCUGGGAUGAAUCCUUCUCUUAAUCAAGCUUCUCUGCCGCCGUUCCAUAAUAUCGCAGCAAAGUGUCCGGUAAUGCAUGAUAGUUUAGCCUCAGUUACACCUCGAAAAGAAGAACUUAAAAGUAUAGAUAUGAAGAUACAGAUGAACCAAAAAGAAGUUCUCCAUAAACUAGCUGCUUUAUUACCUCCUAAAUCGGUAAUUACUAAGUUUUUGGAUUGCUUCUUCAAAUACAUAUACCCCGUCAUUCCAAUCCUCGAUGAACAGUGUUUUAGAAGAGAAAUUUGCCAAAUAUUUGGAGAUGAAGAAGACGAUAAGCUUGCUAUUAAGCUUUCAAAGUUCUCUGAUUCGUCAACUUUAGGCAUUCUAGUAAUAAUUUUGAGAAUGACAUGGUUGUCUUUACCGUCAAACGCAUGCACUGUUGAACUUGGACCACAGUGUCAACAGCUUGUCGCUUCAAAAUUUAAUAUUUCUCUUCCAGCAACGAUCAAUGAUGAACCUCGACUAAUAGAUUUUGAACCUGUAGCAGAUGCUAUUACUUUAGUACGCAGGGAUUUAAUUCAUUUUGAUGAACUCAGUAGUUUUUCAAAUACUAAUGUUAACCUGGCUACUGUUCAAUUUGCUAUUUUUUACAAAAUUCUGUUAAUGUGCUUUCCGGAAGCUGUUCAGGAUAACAUCCAAUCAACUCAAAUAAUCAGUGCUAAUGACAAUGAAACACAUCAAGUUUUGUUAUCCAGCAUCGUUCAAAUGGCUUUCAGUUGUGGUCUACAUAGAGAUCCGGAUAAUUUCCCUCAACUGAAUUCUAAUCUGCUUAGUCGCCGGUUUAAUAAAGAAGCUAUGGUUAACACUGAGAGGUUAAAGCAUACUUGGAGAAAGAUUUGGUUUUUCAUUGUGUCCCUUGAUGUCCAGCAAUCUUUGUCGUUAGGUGCUCCCAGAUUGUUAAGAAAUUUAAAAGACUUUUCGGAUACUAAGCUACCUAGCUCAUCGAAAAUAGACUAUGUGAAUGAUUUAAAGGAAUUGGUGGUUGUGAAGAAUUUCACUUUGUUUUUUCAGAUAGAUUUAUGCAUAAUAUCAGUAUUAAACCACCUUCUUAAUGUUUCAAUGGCGAAGACAUUGCGAAAGUCGACCUUGGACAGUUUUAUUCUGAUACUGAAGAGAUUAAGUGAGGGCGACGGUAACAUUAACGAUGCUUUGAACGCGUUAUCUAAUAAAGGUUUGCUGUUCACUACGGAGGGCUUAGUUGACCAAUCUGAAGAAGACAUAUAUACGCUACCGACUUUAGAUGCAAUACUUCAUUCAUCUCGAGGUGGUGUUAAUGAAGAGAAACCUGGAUUACCGCAAGAUAUGGCUACCAUGGCUAUGUUUUUUUCCAAGCAUAUAACAUUGAGAAUGCUGCUAUUUCUUUUGAAUUACAUUUUAUUUACCCACUAUGAACCUUUGGGUAAUGAUGACCCUGGAAACAGAUUAUUAGCCGCAAAUUAUGCUCAGGAAGCUAUGAAUUACGCCAUGGAUGGCUACUGCAAUGCGCUACUUUUCUUUAAUACCACGAGUAAGAUUAAGGAGGGUUAUGUAUCCAUCUUUAAUUAUAUGGAAGUUUUGUUGACCCCAGUUUGUUUAGACAUAGCACAUAGGGCACUACAAUAUAUGGUUUGCUUAGUACUCCGUGCAAAAUGUGGCCCAUUAGCUGGAGCGGGUGACAUACCAAUUAUUGGCAAUGUGACGAGUAGCUCCAGUGAUGAAGAGAUCAGCGGUGACGAUAAGAACUCAAUUAAAAAAGAGAAAUCUGCAGAAUUACAAGAUAACAUUGCUACUCCAAUUAUCUUGGAUUCAAAUGAUCAACUAGCCUCAAUAUUAAUGGGUCGAAUGUGUUUGUUUCACAAAUUGACCAAAUUUUUAAUAUCAAAAUAUGCUUAUGUUGGAAGGAUGACAAAAUCUAUAGGGUUUUUUAUUACAUUGCUGAAGACUCCUAAUCAGAAAGAACAUUCAAAAUCGUCCUCUUCGGUUAAUCUUCCUCGUAUUCAUGAUUUAGGUGUUUCUUCAGGAAUGAAUGCCUUUAUUAAAAAUGUUCCGUCGUUGAUUUUAUCAGCCAAUGUUGAAUCUUUAAAAAGAUGUCCAGUUUAUCAGGAUGCCCUUGGUUCCUUUUCGAGAAAAGCUAUGGGUGAUAGGAGUGUCUCUUCUAGCAUGAUCUCUAUAAAUUCUGCAGAGUCUACUAGCUUAAAAGUAACGGCAUUACCACCGCUGAGAGCAUAUCAACCUAUAACGUACACAAGUAACGAUAUUCAUCGGACCUCUGUUGUCAGAUACGAACCAGAUCCAAAACGGCGCAAGAUAUCUGAUCCAGAUACUGAAGUACGUAAUUCAGCUCCAACGUUACCGCGUCCCACCUUUUCUUCUGCGUUUCCAGUCCCAACUCUGCCUGAUAUAAAACAACAACAUCAAUCACAGUAUUUGUCUUCAACAGCUCUUCCACCGGCCAUUUUACCGGAUGCUUAUAGUACCCCUGCGGCUGGUGAAAGUGCUAGCUCAGUGGAUUCUUAUAUCAACAAAAGUGGUACCGCUCAGGUAGCGGAUCCACUACAACCAUCCACUCAACACUCAGGAACUCCUUCAUCAAGUACCAAUUAUACACCUGAUUUUGAAGAUUUCUUGAUGGAAAACUCCAAUUUUAAUGGUUUGAUUCUAAACCCAUCAAGUAUAGCCGAAGCUGUGGGUUUUGAUUACAAUGGCAACGGAAAAGAUAACAGCUAUAUAAGUACUGAUUUAUGGCCAAUCGAUGAUGUCGGUAUAGGUGAGAUACCUCAGGGAAACGAUUUUGCAUCAUUUGUAUGA